AUGGCACGAACGAGACGGUCGCUCGCCGGCGCGCCCGGUGAGACCGGCGAGAACUCCCAGGCUGCUCAGACCAAGUCAUCCGCACCUGCAUCUGAACCUUCAGCAAGCAACUCACUGCCCGUAAAGCGCGGCCGCGGUCGUCCUAGCAAGGCAUCUUUGGCUGCUGCUGCUGCUGCGGCUAAUACCAGGGAGUCACUCUCUUCUAUCGCAACUUCUACUUAUUCGUCUGCCGACUCCGUUUCGGGCUACUCGACACCCUUGACCAGCAAUGUCACCACACCCGCUCCGGUCGAAAAGGCCGCUUCAGUCGACAAGGGAAAGUCCGCCUCCACUCGGUCGACUCGCUCCAGCAAACUUGAGGUAGUCAUCUCUGCGGUCAAGAGCCGUGGAUCCGCCACCAAGUUCAAUUCGAAGGCCGGCGAGAGCUUAAUGGACACUUCCGCCAGAAGCUCGCGAAGAAAUCGCCUCGCUGCUGUCCCCGACAGCGAGGAUGCUGACUUCUUUGAUGAUUCUCCGAACGCCAGGCGCAUACGUAUUGACGAGCAGGUUGCUCGAUCACUCCAAGAUGAGCUCAACCGCGAGGUUGAAGGCCUACUUUCUGAUCAUGGACCCCAGGAGCAAUCCAUGAUUGGUUCUGAUAGUGAGGACUAUGCCGUCGCCGACCCUAAGGGCAAAGGCAAAGCAGUGGCUACUCGGCGGGCUCCAGGUUCUCGGGCCGCAGCCAAGAAACGUGUGGUUCAGGAUUCGGAUUCGGUAAUUGAUGAUGAUGAUGAUGACAACGACUCUGACUUCGCCGAUCUGGCACCCCCGGCGAAGAAGCAGAAGACCGCCGUUAGAGGUCGCGGAAAGCAAGCAUCUGCAAAGGGAAAGAAGUCCGUUCAUACCAAUCCUGGUUCUCCGUCGGAUUCGGAUGAAGACAUGCCCUUAAGCAAGCGACCCAAUGGCCGGAAGGUUGCAAGUAGGUCCAGCGCAGCAGCUGAAAAUGCGCUCUCGAUGAUUCCAGGAAUCGACGAAGCUAGUAGCGACGGUUCCGUUUUGAGCGACAUGGAUUCUGAGGCGUUCGACAUGGAGUCAGAAGACGAUAGCGACGAUGCUGACCCCUCGGCUGAUCCGACUGGAAUUCAGGCCCUUGCGCGCCGCCGUCGCGGGUUCGGCGCCUACGCCAAUCGCAAGAGAAUUAGAACGGGCAGGCUGCAACUUGAAGAGCACCACCCUGCCUUGAAGACAAUGUGGGAUCACCUCGAGAACAUGCCAGUUCUCAAAGCCGGCCGGGCCGAACAGCCAAAGUCCAUAUCUCGACUUCUCAAGCCUUUCCAGCUGGAGGGUCUCGCCUGGAUGAAGGCUAUGGAACAGACCGAGUGGAAGGGAGGCCUCCUCGGUGACGAGAUGGGCUUGGGAAAGACUAUACAGGCCGUGUCGCUCAUCAUGUCUGACUACCCUGCCAAGCAGCCUUCUCUCGUCUUGGUUCCGCCCGUCGCUCUGAUGCAGUGGGUUUCCGAAAUCGAGUCCUACACAGACGGUACCUUGAAGACGCUGGUCUAUCAUGGCACCAAUUCCCAGGUCAAGGGAAAGACGAUCAAGGAACUUAAGAAGUUCGACGUCAUCAUAAUGUCCUACAACAGCCUCGAGUCGAUGUAUCGCAAGCAGGAGAAGGGUUUCAAGAGGAAGAACGGCCUACACAAGGAGAAGAGUCUUAUUCAUGCCAUUCAGUUCCACCGUGUCCUUCUCGAUGAGGCUCAUUGCAUCAAGACGCGGACAACCAUGACAGCGAAGGCUUGUUUCGCCCUGAAGGUGGACUAUCGUUGGUGUCUCACAGGGACCCCGUUGCAGAACCGAAUUGGUGAAUUCUUCUCCUUGAUUCGCUUCCUCAACAUCCGCCCUUUCGCGUCGUAUUUCUGCAAGAACUGCACAUGCGAGUCGCUUGAGUGGACCAUGGACGAAGAUCACCGCUGCACUCAGUGCAAUCAUAAUGGCAUGCAGCACGUUUCUGUCUUCAACCAGGAACUUCUCAACCCGAUUCAACGAUACGGCAAUAUGGGCCCUGGAGCCGAAGCUUUCCGAAAGCUUCGACUGAUGACGGACCGUAUCAUGCUGCGGCGCCUCAAGAAGGAUCACACCAACUCGAUGGAGCUGCCAGUGAAAGAGAUCUACGUCGAUCGCCAAUUUUUCGGUGAGGCAGAAAAUGACUUCGCCAACAGCAUCAUGACCAACGGCCAGCGCGAGUUCGACACCUACGUCGCUCAUGGUGUUCUACUCAACAACUAUGCGAACAUCUUUGGUCUCAUCAUGCAGAUGAGACAGGUCGCUGACCACCCUGAUCUGAUCCUGAAGAAGAACGCCGAGGGCGGACAGAAUGUUCUAGUCUGCUGUAUUUGCGAUGAGCCUGCGGAAGAAGCCAUCCGAUCUAGGUGCAAGCAUGACUUCUGCCGCUCUUGUGCAAAGAGCUAUCUAAGCUCGCAAGACCAGCCUGACUGCCCUCAAUGUCACAUUCCACUCUCCAUCGACCUGGAGCAGCCUGAGAUCGAGCAGGAUGAGGCGUUUGUCAAGAAAUCUUCGAUUAUCAACCGAAUUAAGAUGGAGAACUGGACGUCAUCAUCCAAGAUCGAGCUGCUUGUCCAUGAGCUGCACCAGCUCCGGUCAGACAAAGCUUCACACAAGUCCAUCAUCUUCAGCCAGUUCACUACCAUGCUCCAGCUCAUCGAGUGGCGGCUGCGUCGUGCAGGAAUCACCACUGUUAUGCUGGACGGUAGCAUGACUCCAGCUCAACGUGCAGCUUCCAUUGACCACUUCAUGAAGAACACUGAGGUGGAGUGUUUCCUUGUAUCGCUCAAGGCCGGUGAUGGUGGAACCCCGCUGCAGAAUGGCAGUCUGCUGAUCGAUGUCAUCGUAUUGGCCAAACGCGCCCUUGUACAAUCACUCGUCUUUGCAUUGAAGACUCUGUCGAGAGCCGCAUGGCAAAAGAAGGCCAGCAUGAUUCACUCCACCAUCAACAAUGACGACACAGCCAUGGAGUCAUUGACACCCGAAGAUCUGCAAUUCCUGUUCCGUGGAAACUGA